AUCGACGCUCACUUGCAGCACUACCUCGCCCUUCUCGACGAGUACACCAUCCUCCGCAACACCCUGCACAUACUCCAGACAAAUGUUUUCCAGCAUCUGGCGCGGGCCAAUUUCUCAGCUGAGCGUGGCAUCCGCUACUACGGCAAAGAUUACUACGAUGAGCGGAUGCAGGCUGUGCGCCGUGUCCGGAUCCUCAGCAGCAGUGAUGAUGUUAGGAAGCAGAGUAGUGAGAAUGGGAGCAGGGAUGCUGGCCACGACGAUGAAGAGGGGAAAAAGACGCAGCCUACCUUCAAAGAGGAUACAGGCAGAUCGCAACCCGGGAACAAGGAGAAGCAGCAAUCCCCUCCUACGGAUCCGCUUCGUUGGUUUGGCGUCUUGACGCCCAUGCCUCUCCGGCUGGCACAGGCACAAGCGAUCAAGGCUGUUGAAGAGGUUAUCCCUAAACUGGCGACGAUUAGCGCUGAGAUGGCAGCCGUGGAGCUCGAGGUACGAAGGGCGAGGAAGAGGCGGGCCAAGGCA